AUGGACAUAAUAUCCGAGUUGCCGGAUGACGUGUUGCGCAAGAUACUGUAUUUCCUCUCGCAAGAGGAAGCUGCUCGAACAUCGGUCUUGUCCAAACCAUGGCGCUACAUUUGGUGCACGCGCCCGAAUCUUGAUUUUUCAUACACGCCACCUACGAUGGGCGUAGACUACAAUAGAUUCCGUGCCGAAAACAAGAUAAAGAAGCAAGAAUUUAUAUCCGCUGUGGAUGCUACUUUACGGCGAUACCGCGACAAUCAAAGUGCGUGCGCGGAGGAGUUUCGUCUUUCUAUGUCGCUCGACAAUUCGAAUUACGAUCCGGAUCGCGUGUCCGUUUCGUUUUUAGAAAAAUGGGUCCCGUCGCUCGUGAAUAUGGUUACGAAGGAAUUCCAUCUCUCGAUUGUUUCGGAGCGAUAUCCGGGUCGGGUCGAACUCCCCCCCGUGGUGUGGGGAUGCGAACCCCUCCGAUAUUUGUACUUGGAAAAAUUCUUGUUGGACCAAAAGGCUAUUGAAAGGAUAGUGCCCCUCAAGAAUUUGAAAUCACUUGGUCUCCAAGAAAUCUUGAUCGAGGACGAUACAAUUUUCGGGAAAAUAAUCUCGAACUGCCCCUCGAUCGAGAAUUUAGACGUCCACGGGUUUCUAAGCUUGAAAACAAUUAAGGUGAGUGAUGAUGAUCUUCACAAUCUCAAGAAUGUGAAUUUUUCUUUCGAUACGGUAUUGCGUGACGUGCUUAGGGAACUUCGCAUCAUCGAAAUCCACCACUCGUCUCUUGAAACCAUCAAUAUCGGAAACGCGAAUAUUUGUUUCGGCGAAGGAGCGGGAUUUCUUAAUCUGAAAUAUUUAAAUCUCGGGGGUGUCAAAUCGCCACUGGGCCACUUGUCGUCGUAUAAAUUCCCGAGCCUCGAAAACUUGGAAUUUCACGAUUGCGAUGGACUCAAAGGAAGUGAGGUAUUAUUUAUCGACGCACCGAAUAUAGUCUACUUUGAAUUUUCCGGAGAAUUUAUCCCGUCCAUCUCUAUUGCGACGACUUCCGAAGAGUGGGAAUCGUGUAUAGACAUACCGUACGUGCCUGGGAAUAAUAACGAUGAUCCUUUGUCGUUUUUCAUCAAGCUAAAACAACUGCUCGAGUCGUUAUCCGACUCCGAAAUUUAUCUGACGGGCAAUCAUUCCAUGCAUUUUAACGACUAUGUAAUCCCGGAAAAUAUUCGCAACGGUUGCGACGGUGGUAACAAAUACGUUGUGGUGGAGAAUUUGAUUUUGAAUUUUCAUUUAUCUUCGGUUAUUCCGUCUCUCUUAAAUCGUUUUCUUAGUAUCUGUCGGCCGAGAAACGUCGUCAAUUGUAACUUAGAUCAAUUGGAAAACAACAACGAGUCGUGGUGGUUUCGGGAUUUAGAGGAAGCGAAAUUGGAGGCUUACGAUAUUAGUCAAGGCAAAUGGCACGCGACGACUUUAUCGGAAUUGCCGAAUUACGACGACAGCGAAUACUACGAUACUCGCAUUGCAUUGAAAUGGAGAGAAAGUUAG